AUGCUGCCCGCAUGGUCCGUCCUCGCGGCGCUCGUCCCGUCGCCGCGGGUGCUGCACCCUCCGAGGGCGUGUGUGGCGCCCGUCGGCCGGCAAGACCCGCUGCGGCCGGAUCGGCCGCCGAUUGAGCCGCUCGUCAUCAACGCGAUCCAGGAGCUGCUAUCGGCGCAGGCGCCCGACCCGGCGGCUGUCGCGGAGCGGGCGCUGGCGGCGCGCUCCGCCGACCCCGACUACGUCCUCACUGGCGCCGAGGCGGACCGCCUGCGCGCGUCCGUUGCCGCCGCCGCCACCGCCGCCGAGCCGCUCGGCGCGCUGCUGCAGGCGGCAGCCGACGCGGCGCCGUGGGUGGCCAAGUUUGGCGCAACCCAGACCUUUGGGCUGGGCGAGCUGUCCGACCCGUACGUGCGCCUAUGCCGCGCCGAGUGCAUGCUUGCGGCCCUCGUGCUGCACGUCGAGGGCGGCCGCGUCGACUUUGUCGACGAGGAGCGGCUCGAGGUGUUGCGCGACGCGCCGAGCGAGGCGGUCGCGGCGCUCCGGAAGGCGGCGGGCGGAGUGCGAUAG